AUGAUGAGUAAAGACGACUACACGCCGGUACUCACGCGACAAAAUCGCUUGGAACUGUUUACGUUGGAGGAGUGCCGAGAGAUUUUGGUGAAUUUAUUGGCCGAUAAGCAGCAGCUUGGGGUCCUAAAACAUUUUGAAAUAGUGCCAGCCACAGAAAAUGUUGGCUUCCUCGGAGAAUAUUAUCAUUUGCUUCUCAACUACCAGCUGGCAGACGAGGAGGAAGAUCAGACCACACGACUGUUUGUCAAGUCGGUGAUCUUUCAAAAUGCCGACAUGGAAUUCUAUAUGGAGAAGAUGGGUCUGAUCAAAAAGGAGAUCAAGCUCUAUGAGCUGCUGCUCAAUGAGCUCAAAAAGUUCUCUCCCCAUGUGUGGUGCGCCAAAUGCUAUUUCACCCGCAAUGAUCUCUUUGUGAUGCAGAAUGUCGAGGAUAUGGGAUAUGUGGCCCUGCCCUCGGGCACUCGGUUCCUCAGCGAGGAUCAGCUGGGUCCCAUCUUGAAGACUUUGGCCACCCUUCAUGCGAGUAGUGUGGCCUAUGAGCGACAGCAGGGAAAAACGAUCGGCGUUCAGCUGAGGAAGUGGCUCAAAGAAGUGUCCGUCGGCCCGGACAUUGAAUGGUAUACCACGGGUCUAAAGGCCGUUCUGGCGGUGGCUGCCAUUCAUCCCGAUGUCCGCCAUAAUGCCCGGGCCCAGGAGUAAUUCUCAAAAGAACUGCCACGCCGCUUGGACAGCGUCUAUUAUAUGGUUAAUCCCUCGCCAGUCCACAGGAAUGUCUUCGUUCAUCGGGAUCCCUGGGGUGCCAAUGUCUUCUAUCACAAGGAUCGCCCGCUGGAGGAGCGCUCUAUCCUGGUGGACUUCCAGUUGUGUCGCUAUGCCGCGCCUGCCACGGACUUCCAUUUGGUCAGCUAUCUCAAUCUAGAGCCAGCCAAUCGCAGGGAAAUGAUUGGUCGCUUGGAAAACCUGUACUACGAAACUCUGUCCGGGGAGCUCAAGACAAUGGGCAUCGAUGCCAGUGAAGAGCAGCUGAGUCGCGCGGAGUUUGAACAAUCUCUCGAGGAUUUUGCCCUAUUUGGUGCGACUUACAACUGCUUGGCAGCCACCAUAAUCCGCCUGCCCGAAAACUAUCUGAAGAGCCUCAAGGGUGAGCGACCGGCGGACUUUCAUCGCUUCUGCAAUGUCGAUCGUACACCAGACAUUCUCCAGUUGAUGAACGAUCAUCAAGACUUUGCCGAUUACAUGUACGAGUGUGUGGGGGAUUUGCUGGCACUGACAUAUCAUAAGCGUAACUGAUUAAAUGAAAUUGUCUCGCUAUCUUGCUGCUGUUCACCUGGUAAC